AUGAGAGCAACACGAUUGAUGAAUAAUUGUCGACCGAAAUUGGUGACAUUUGACGUUACUGGAACACUGUUGUCAACAACAAUAAAAGAGCAUUAUUAUAAUGUUGACACUGAAAUACUUCUUGAUUAUUUAAAUAAUAAAAAUAUAACAAUUGGUGUUAUAUCAAAUUUCGAUGAAAGAUUAGAAGAAAUAUUAAUAAGUACAAAGCUUAGAAAAUAUUUUAAUUUUAUUAUAACAUCAUGGUCACAUGGUUAUGAAAAACCAAAUUCAACAAUAUUUCAAGAAGCCAUUAAAAUUUCUAAAAAUAUAAAUAAAUUUACUAUUAAACCAGAUGAAGUUAUUCACAUUGGUGACGAUAUUAAUAAUGAUUAUAAUGGUGCAAAAAAUCCACAAUGA